GCUGCAAAUGAAGGAAUAUACCACGUAAAUGAUAUAGACAAGGAUAAAGUUAAAAGAACCGGUGAUAUAAACCAGGUCUUCGGUAUGACAUUUAAGAGUUCAGAUUCAGAAUUUGAACCAGGUCAAUUAAUAUUUUCAAAUAAGAAUGCUAUAAUUACGUUGAUACCAGGUAAAUAUGGAGAUCAGUGCCUAGAGAUAAAAUCUAGGAAAUCAUUGUUUUAUAUGCCUGAGAAGAAGCGAAAGCCUUUUUGA